GUGUCUUUGUAUUCAUGCGGUGAAAUGGCAGAAGCCAGAAUUUCUCAGGAUGAGUUCAAGUGUUCAGUGUGUCAGGAUCUCCUGAAGGAUCCAGUGGCCAUUCCCUGUGGACACAGUUACUGUAUGAGCUGUAUUACAGGCUGCUGGGAUCAGGAGGAUCAGAAGAGAGUCUACAGCUGCCCUCAGUGCAGACAGAGCUUCAGUCCGAGACCUGCUUUAGCUAAAAAUACCAUCUUGGCUGAAAUGGUGGAGAAACUGAAGAAGAGGAAAUGUCCUGCUGACUGUGAAGCUGGAGCUGGAGAUGUUCAGUGUGACGUCUGUAUUGGAAGAAAAUACAUAGCCGUCAAGUCCUGUCUGGUGUGUCUGAACUCUUACUGUCAGAAUCACCUCGAACAACAUGAGAGUUUCUUUAGAGGAAAGAGACACAAAGUGAUUGAUGCCACUGGACGACUGCAGGAGAUGAUCUGCCAGAAACAUGAGAAGCUCCUUGAGGUUUUCUGUCGCACUGAUCAGAAAUGUAUAUGUGUGCUGUGUAUGGAUCAACAUAAAAAUCAUGAGACUGUAUCAGCUGCAGCACAGAGGACAGAGAAACAGAAGCAGCUGAAGGAGACACAGAAGACGUUCCAGCAGAGAAUCCAGCAGAGAGAGAAAGAUCUUCAGCAGCUGAGAGAGGCUGUGGAGUCUCAUAAGCGCUCUGCACAGACAGCAGUGGAGGACAGUGAGAGGAUCUCUGAGCUGGUACGGCUGAUCAGAGAUCAGGAGAAGACUGCAGUGAGUCGAGCUGAAGGACGACUGGAGCGACUGGAGCAGGAGAUCAAUGAUCUGAGGAGGAGAGACGCUGAGCUGGAGCAGCUGGAGCACACACAGGAUCACAGCCAGUUCCUGCAGAUUUUCCAGUCUCUCUCAGCACCUCCUGAAUCUACAGACGUAAAUGACGAUCCCUUCAUUUCUCUCGUCUCUUUUGAUGGUCUGAGAGAAUCUGUCCGUCAGCUGAGAGACAAACUGGAGGAUUUCUGCAAAGAGCAGCUGAAGAAGAUCUCAGGCAGAGUCACAUUCACCAACAUUGUUCCCAGAACCAGGAACGACUUUCUACAAUAUUCCCAUCAGCUCACUCUGGAUCUGAACACAGUGAAUAAACACCUCCGUCUGUCUGAGAGCAACAGAGUGAUUACUAACACUGACACCGGCCAGUCGUAUCCUGAUCAUCCAGACGAGUCCAUCAUCAUCUCAUAUCAUGGAGAACAUCAUAUUAGAAAUGUCUUAGGAAUAGAUGCAGGAUCAUGA